CCUCGACCCAACAUCACCGGUUUCGAUCCCGCAAAGUUCGCUGCCGCAUCCGGCCAACCGAAAAACGACCCAUGGGCGCGAGUUGAGGCGUGGCGAUACACAGGUCCAUUUACACGAAGGAAUCGAUUCAAGAACUCCUUUCCUGGUCUCGGCAUUGCGACGGUCGCAUUCGCAGGAUAUCUGGUCUACGAGCAAGUCUUCAUGGCGCCGGCACACGGUCAUGGUGAAGGUCAC